AUGCCAGAUCUCAAAGGUGUCUUCCGUGUCAGCUCAGCUAAGGAGAUAGUGCGUCAGAAAUAUCCUUCUUUGGAAAGGACUUCGCUUCUUUGGAGGAAAGAAAUUCAUCCUGUUUUAGCAGCGCAAAACUGGAAAUUUCUGCGUGGUAUAUGUGCAACUUACGAUCUUCUUCAAUCAAGGUUCAAAAUUCCGCUAGCAAGCAAGUGCCACCUUUGUGGAAUAGCUGAAGAAAAUCUCGAAUACGUGUUGUUCAGUUGCAGUUUUGCAGCUCGUGCUUGGACCUGGAUUUCUCAGAUUUUUGGCUUAACUCCUAAAAAUAAUCUUGUUAUUUCUUAUAAGGCAGCAACAAGAAGGAGUCAGAUGGUGCGUGAUCUGUGGCUGCUCGCAAAUCUCGUGAUUAAGUCAGAACUUUGGGCAUUGAGAAAUAAGGUUGUUUUUGAGCAUAAGAAGCCAAACUGGAACAUGUUUUUCAAGCGUGUUUUGAAGCUGGUUCAAGACUAA